AUGGCCUCCAAUAAAAUUGGCUCUCGUUGGGCUGACGGCCCUUGGCAACUCAUCGAUACUCCCUCCAAAACACAAGACACUUCCAGACACGCCGCUGUCUAUAUCGCGAAUGAGAUGGCAUUCGCACAUAAUGCAAUGCUUCGCGGUUUGAAUGCGCUCUACCUCCAGGCCGAUCUAUCGGAGCCGCAAGACAUCAAGGACUUCUUGUUCUUCCUUCGCAGUUGGGCUGGAUGGGUUUCUCACCACCAUGUCUUGGAAGAAGAGCAGAUGUUUCCACAGCUAGAGGAAGUGAUGGGCCAGCCGGGUUUUCUCCAGGGAAAUGUUGACGAGCAUCAUACUUUUCAACCGAUAUUGAAAAAGCUGCUUGCGUAUGGUAAUUCGAGACCGGAGGACUACCAAGCGUCGAUUGUCCGGAGCUUGAUCGAGGAGAUGGCUCCUGUCUUUCGCAAUCACCUUGCGAAAGAAAUCACCACUCUAUUAGCUAUGGAGCCUUAUGAUGGCCCUGCUUUACUGCGGGUCUACAAAGGAUGUGAGGCCGAGGCAGGUAAACAGGACAAGAAUGUGAUUCCUCCGAUGGUUCUUGGACUCCGCGAUAUUACAUUUGAGGGAGGUAACCAAUGGCCAAAACUACCACCACUAUCUACCUACUUCGUUCAUUAUCUUUUAGCGCGCAAGAAUGCCGGCGCUUGGAGAUUCCUGCCAUCCGAUGCAUGGGGUAACCCGCGGCAGUUGGAAUUUGCCAGCUCUUGA